UUACAGCUACACUGUCAGCAACACUUAGCAAGAUGAAGGUUUUCUCUGUCAUUGCGUUGAUUGUGGCAUCAUUCGGUGCUUUUGCCGAGGAGGAGGAAAGUGCCCAUGACAUCAUCCUUAAAGUCAACGAACAAGCCCUUGAAGAAGGACUUGCAUUUGGAAGCAUCGACCAACCACCACUUAUUGAAGGUGAUAUAAUUGACGACGAUGACACCCGUCAGAAGAUGGAGGCUGCAAGCCGUGGAGGAGCAGCAGCAUUUGACGCCUUGAAUGGUGGAAAAUGGCAAAAUGGCGUGGUUCCUUACGUAUUCGGAAAUGUCGGCAGCCGAGCAAGAUCUCAGAUCCUGAAAGCUGUGGAGGAAUACAAGAGAAAGACUUGCAUCAAAUUUAUACCAAGAACCAACCAGAGAGAUUAUGUCAUCUUUAACGCAAGAUCUGGUUGCUAUUCACAAAUCGGCCGAACUGGACGUGGAAGGCAGGAAAUUUCAAUCGGGCGAGGCUGUGAAAGCAUGGGAACGGUCAUUCACGAGAUGAUGCACGCUAUUGGAUUCUUUCACGAACAAUCAAGAAGAGAUAGGGACAACUACGUAAAAAUUUACUGGAACAACAUCUCAAGCAACAUGAAAUUCAACUUCAACAUGUACAGACAAGGACAAGCUGAUACCCACAACGAGCCUUAUGACAAGCAGAGUGUGAUGCACUAUUCCAGGUAUUCAUUCAGCAUCAACAGAAGACCAACUAUAGUUUCGAAGACAAAUGAAAACGAGCGUCUUGGCAACAACUAUGGCUUCACAGACAUUGACGUGAGGCAGAUCAACAAACACUAUGGAUGCAGCGGGGGAGGUCCCAACCCACCAACCACUGGCAAGCCAGUUCCUCCAACUGACUGCAAAGAUAUCUCUCAAGUGUGCGCAGACCACAAACACAAAUGCCAAACGAACGACUUCGUUGCAAGAAGGUGCCAGAAGACAUGUGGCUUUUGCUAAAGUUGACAGCAUGAGUUAUAAACAAAAUUAGCUGAUUUAUUUCGAUAAAAUUAAUGACGAAACA